GUCACUUUAAACCGGUGAGGAGGUGUUUUACAGUAUGUAUUUGAUGCAAUGAUAGAAGGUCAGGAAACGCUUAGCUAAACUGCACGAAACUUCGCAAUAAAUCAUUAUUGAAGACACCAAAUGAUUCAACUGCAAGAUCAAACGAAAUAGUACUCUUGCUUAAAGUGAAUGCCAUAUUUAUUCGGGGAGAUUGUUCUCGUACAUUUUGCGCUAAACAUCGUGGCUAGUCAGCAAGCAAGUGGUAGCCAACAGUAGCUAGCCUACAGUAGCUAACCAAUUAUUUUUGGACACUGACUGAUCGAGGAACAAGAGGUACCGGUAGCUGACAGCACGCACACGUUUUCCCAAUGGCUGUGUCAAAAUGCACCAGGCUGAACGGUCCCUUGAUAAAGCAAAUGUUCGAUUCUGUGGACAGUGUCCUCUUCGACUGUGAUGGUGUCAUCUGGCGAGGGGAUCAGACCAUCCCUGGCGCCCCUGACGUUAUCAACCUGCUCAAGAAGAAUGGAAAAAACGUGUUUUUCGUCACCAACAACAGCACUAAAACUAGAAAGAUGUAUGCAGACAAACUGGCAUUGAUGGGAUUCAACGCAACUGAGGAUGAGGUGUUUGGAACGGCGUACUGCUCAGCAAUGUAUCUAAAACAUGUAUCCAAACUACAGGGCAAAGUGUAUCUCAUAGGAAGCAAUGCAAUGAGGCAGGAACUAGAAAAGGUUGGGAUCCAGCAGACAGGUGUGGGGCCUGAUCCAAUAUCAGGUGUCCAGAUCGAUUGGGCAAACGUGCCCCUGGACCCUGAGGUGAAGGCUGUGGUUGUUGGGUUUGAUGAGCACUUCAGUUACAUGAAACUGAACAGAGCCCUGCAGUACCUUAACAACCCUGACUGUCUACUGGUGGGAACCAACACUGACACCAGACUGCCCCUGGAAGGAGGCAAAGCUGUCCCAGGUAAGGAGGAUGUUGUCUGUGCAGAGACAACAGCUGGAGUUUGAACCAACAAGACUGUGGUUACUGUACAUGGAAUACGGGCCAGACCUUUGUGGCAGAGUCCGUAGUGCUCACAUACAGGGAGGCUACAUGAGUGCUGUGUUAAUGAUCUGUAGUAGCUUACAGCGAGCCAGUGUGAUGUGAUAACAUGAGGGGUUUUCCACUGCCCCAAGUCAGAUCUUUCAUAUCUGUUACUGUAUGUUCAAGCAUGUGUCAACAACGCUGAAUUUCUACCCCUCUUCUCUCUGUCUCCACCAGGGACAGGCUGUAUCCUGAAGGCUGUGGAGACCGCAGCCCAACGCCAGGCCCAGACGGUGGGAAAGCCCAACCACUUCAUGUACGACUGUGUGGCCAGCCAGUUCGGCCUGGACCGCGCCCGCUGCCUUAUGGUGGGGGACCGGCUGGACACGGACAUCCUGCUGGGGUCCAACUGUGGCCUGAAGACCCUGCUGACCCUGACCGGGGUGUCCACUGUGGCCGACGCUGAGGCCCAUCAGGAGAGUGGCUGUCCAAAACGCCUUGGGAUGGUGCCUGACUACUACGUAGAGAGUAUUGCAGAGCUCCUGCCUGCUCUACAAGGAUAACCAAUCAGGGCGUGGAAAAGAAAAAUAGGUUUUUAUCUCAAUGAGACUUCAGCCUUGAUAGAUGAUAAUUAAAUUAAUAUUGAUUAAUUAUAGAAGACCGUUAAGGACUGUGUGCGUCUGAAAACCCAGGCUUGUUUCCAGGUUACGGAUGUGAAAAUUCAGGAAGGUGCAGAUAAUUAAUCAACUGCUCCGAUAAUACUAAGACUGCAGCAAAACAAACCUAUAUUAAAGUUAUUUUAACUACAGUAUGCUAUGGCUGAAUAGAUAUUCAAGAUUUACAGCAGGUGUAGCCGACUCCCCCUGGAGAGCUACUGGGUGUGCAUGCCUUUGUUCCAGCCCUGCUGUAAUGCACCAUGUAGAUUCAGCAGCAAAAAAGGAAACAAAUCACAGGGCUGGAACAAAAGCCUGCCCAGUACACCCAGUAGCUCUCCAGGACGAGGGUAAGCCACUCCUGUUUUCCAGUGUUGAUAAAUUAUUUAGAUUCAAAUUAGUUGUUCAGGAAAUGGUAGAGAAAAGUAUAUGUGUUGUGUGUGGGUUAAAAGGAUGAAGGCCUAUGCAAGGCCUGUAUUCUUUGCUCAAUAUCCCUCUGUAGCAAUGAUCUCAAACACAGUCAGAGGAAAUGUGUACACACUCCUUUGGAUAUUUCCCUAAUCUGUGUGCAUACAUUUGAAAUCACAUGGCACUCAAUAUUUAUCUAAGGCAGAGAGCUAUGCAGAAAUACAGUAAACUGGAGUGCACUGACAAUUCAUCAGGAAUUAUAUAUCUUAUGUUGUCCACUGUCAUGUUCACUGUACCAAUGCUGUGUUUAUUGCCAUUUACUUUACCCAUUCACCUGAGGGAGUAGACUUAAACUGGGUUAUACUCUUAUAUUGUAUCCUGAUGUAUUGUAAAUGUAAAAAUAGAGCUACCUUUUGUUCCCAUUCAAUUAGAAGGUUAUGGGUUUGCGCAAUAAUCAAUGAUCUUCUUAAGUGUGUUUUAAUGUAACAUGUCAGUCUUAGUUACUAAGUGUCUAUAAUACAUAAAAAAUAUUGUCUGUACUGUCAAUACAAUAAUCAAACUACUGUAUCAUCCUCGUUCCUUGAUAACAGUAUUCACCUUAACUCAAGUCACUCAAACUGAUAAAAAAUCAAUAAAAAAAUCAAAGCCUAC